UAUUUCCUGCGCUCUCUCUCUCUCUCUGAGUGGAUGCUGUGAGUGAGUGGACGGUGUCGGCGUGUGAGUGAGAGUGCUGCGGUACGAGUUAAGCUACUGUUAUAUGACAGAUGAAGGUUGUUCUGCUCUGACUUCAGCUCUGAAAUCAAACCCAUCACACCUGAGAGAGCUGAACCUGAGCGAGAAUAAACUAGGAGAUUCAGGAGUGAAAAACCUCAGUGAUCUACUGAUGAAUCCACAAUUCAAGCUGGAGAAACUACAUCUGAAUAGAUGCAGUAUUACAGAGAAACAGUGUCUCAUCCUGACUUCAGCUCUGAAAUCAAACCCAUCACACCUGAGAGAGCUGGACCUGAGCUGGAAUAUAAUCAAAAACACAGGAGUGAAGCACUUAUGUGAUGUACUGAAGGAUUCACACUGUAAACUGGAGAGAUUGAGUCUGAGUGGAUACAGUAUUACAGAGAAACAGUGUGUCAUCCUGACUUCAGCUCUGAAAUCAAACCCAUCACACCUGAGAGAGCUGAACCUGAGCGGGAAUAUAAUAGAAAACACAGGAGUGAAGCACUUAUGUAACGUACUGAAGGAUUCAGACUGUAAACUGGAGAGAUUGAGGUUAGGCUGCUGUGAUAUGACAGAAGAAGGUUGUUCUGCUCUGACUUCAGCUCUGAAAUCAAACCCAUCACACCUGAGAGAGCUGGACCUGAGCGUGAAUAAUCUAGGAGACUCUGGAGUGAAAAACCUCAGUGAUCUACUGAUGAACCCACAAUUCAAGCUGGAGAAACUAGAACUGAGUGGAUGCAGUAUUACAGAGAAACAGUGUGUCAUCCUGACUUCAGCUCUGAAAUCAAACCCAUCACACCUGAGAGAGCUGAACCUGAGCUGGAAUAUAAUAAAAAACACAGGAGUGAAGCACUUAUGUGACGUACUGAAGGAUUCACACUGUAAACUGGAGAGAUUGAGGUUAAGCUCCUGUUAUAUGACAGAUGAAGGUUGUUCUGCUCUGACUUCAGCUCUGAAAUCAAACCCGUCACACCUGAGAGAGCUGGACCUGAGCAGGAAUGAACUAGGAGACUCUGGAGUGAAAAACCUCAGUGAUCUACUGAUGAACCCACAAUUCAAGCUGGAGAAACUAGAACUCUCUAACUGCAGUGUAACAGAAGAAGGUUAUAAAGCUCUGGCUUCAGCUCUGAGAUCAAACCCUUCACACCUGAUAGAGCUGGAUCUCACAGGAAAUGAUCCUGGACAAUCAGGAGUGAAGGAGCUCGAUGAUUUACUACAGGAUCCAAACUGUCAACUGAAGACACUGAGGUGUUUGAGUCCUGCUGCAGAUGAAGCCUGUCAGUAUGUGAACAGAGUUGUGGGUAAAAACCCGUUACUCCUGAGAGAGCUGAAUCUGAGUGGACAUGAACUAGGAGAUUCAGGAGUGAAUCAGAUCUCUGCUCUACUGCAGGAUAAACACUGUCAACUCAACACACUGACGUUAAGCUGCUGUUAUAUGACAGAUGAAGGUUGUUCUGCUCUGACUUCAGCUCUGAAAUCAAACCCAUCACACCUGAGAGAGCUGAACCUGAGCGAGAAUAAACUAGGAGACUCUGGAGUGAAAAACCUCAGUGAUCUACUGAUGAACCCACAAUUCAAGCUGGAGAAACUAGAGUUAAGCUGCUGUUAUAUGACAGAUGAAGGUUGUUCUGCUCUGACUUCAGCUCUGAAAUCAAACCCAUCACACCUGAGAGAGCUGAACCUGAGCGAGAAUAAACUAGGAGACUCAGGAGUGAAAAACCUCAGUGAUCUACUGAUGAACCUACAAUUCAAGCUGGAGAAACUAGAUCUGAUUUACUGCAGUAUUACAGAGAAACAGUGUCUCAUCCUGACUUCAGCUCUGAAAUCAAACCCAUCACACCUGAGAGAGCUGAACCUGAGCUGGAAUAUACUAGGAAACACAGGAGUGAAGCACUUAUGUGACGUACUGAAGGAUUCACACUGUAAACUGGAGAGAUUGAGACUCUUUAACUGCAGUGUAACAGAAGAAGGUUAUAAAGCUCUGGCUUCAGCUCUGAGAUCAAACCCUUCACACCUGAUAGAGCUGGAUCUCACAGGAAAUGAUCCUGGACAAUCAGGAGUGAAGGAGCUCGAUGAUUUACUACAGGAUCCAAACUGUCAACUGAAGACACUGAGGUGUUUGAGUCCUGCUGCAGAUGAAGCCUGUCAGUAUGUGAGUGAAAUUGUGGGUAAAAACCCGUUACUCCUGAGAGAGCUGAAUCUGAGUGAACAUGAACUAGGAGACUCAGGAGUGAAUCAGAUCUCUGCUCUACUGCAGGAUAAACACUGUCGACUCAACACACUGACGUUAAGCUGCUGUGAUAUGACAGAUGAAGGUUGUUCUGCUCUGACUUCAGCUCUGAAAUCAAACCCGUCACACCUGAGAGAGCUGAACCUGAGCGAGAAUAAACUAGGAGACUCUGGAGUGAAAAACCUCAGUGAUCUACUGAUGAACCCACAAUUCAAGCUGGAGAAACUAGAUCUGAGUGGAUGCAGUAUUACAGAGAAACAGUGUCUCAUCCUGACUUCAGCUCUGAAAUCAAACCCAUCACACCUGAGAGAGCUGAACCUGAACAAGAAUAUAAUAGAAAACACAGGAGUGAAGCACUUAUGUGACGUACUGAAGGAUUCACACUGUAAACUGGAAGGAUUGAGGUUAAGAUACUGUUGUAUGACAGAUGAAGGUUGUUCUGCUCUGACUUCAGCUCUGAAAUCAAACCCAUCACACCUGAGAGAGCUGAACCUGAGCUGGAAUAAACUAGGAGACUCUGGAGUGAAAAACCUCAGUGAUCUACUGAUGAACCCACAAUUCAAGCUGGAGAAACUACAUCUGAGUGGAUACAGUUUUACAGAGGAACAGUGUUUCAUCCUGACUUCAGCUCUGAAAUCAAACCCGUCACACCUGAGAGAGCUGGACCUGAGCGUGAAUAUAAUAGAAAACACAGGAGUGAAGCACUUAUGUGACGUACUGAAGGAUUCACACUGUAAACUGGAGAGAUUGAGGUUAAGUGACUGUUAUAUGACAGAAGAAGGUUGUUCUGCUCUGACUUCAGCUCUGAAAUCAAACCCGUCACACCUGAGAGAGCUGAACCUGAGCAGGAAUAAUCUAGGAGACUCUGGAGUGAAAAACCUCAGUGAUCUACUGAUGAACCCACAAUUCAAGCUGGAGAAACUAGAUCUGAGUGUUUGCAGUAUUACAGAGAAACAGAGUCUCAUCCUGACUUCAGCUCUGAAAUCAAACCCAUCACACCUGAGAGAGCUGAACCUGAGCGAGAAUAAACUAGGAAACACAGGAGUGAAGCACUUAUGUGACGUACUGAAGGAUUCACACUGUAAACUGGAGAGAUUGAGUUUAAGCUGCUGUGAUAUGACAGAUGAAGGUUGUUCUGCUCUGACUUCAGCUCUGAAAUCAAACCCAUCACACCUGAGAGAGCUGAACCUGAGCUGGAAUAAACUAGGAGACUCUGGAGUGAAAAACCUCAGUGAUCUACUGAUGAACCCACAAUUCAAGCUGGAGAAAAUACAACUCUCUAACUGCAGUGUAACAGAAGAAGGUUAUAAAGCUCUGGCUUCAGCUCUGAGAUCAAACCCUUCACACCUGAUAGAGCUGGAUCUCACAGGAAAUGAUCCUGGACAAUCAGGAGUGAAGGAGCUCGAUGAUUUACUACAGGAUCCAAACUGUCAACUGAAGACACUGAGGUUUUUGAGUCCUGCUGCAGAAGAAGUCUGUCAGUAUGUGAACAGAGUUGUGGGUAAAAACCUGUUACUUCUGAGAGAGCUGAAUCUGAGUAAACAUGAACUAAGAGACACAGGAGUGAAUCAGCUCGCUGCUCUACUGCAGGAUAAACACUGUCGACUCAACACACUGACGUUAAGCUACUGUGAUAUGACAGAUGAAGGUUGUUCUGCUCUGACUUCAGCUCUGAAAUCAAACCCGUCACACCUGACAGAGCUGAACCUCAGUGGGAAUAUAAUAAUAAACACAGGAGUGAAGCACUUAUGUGACGUACUGAAGGAUUCACACUGUAAACUGGAGAGAUUGAGUUUAAGCUGCUGUUGUAUGACAGAAGAAGGUUGUUCUGCUCUGACUUCAGCUCUGAAAUCAAACCCAUCACACCUGAGAGAGCUGAACCUGAGCAGGAAUAAACUAGCAGUCUCUGGAGUGAAAAACCUCAGUGAUCUACUGAUGAACCCACAAUGCAAGCUGGAGAAACUACAUCUGAAUAGAUGCAGUAUUACAGAGAAACAGUGUCUCAUCCUGACUUCAGCUCUGAAAUCAAACCCAUCACACCUGAGAGAGCUGGACCUCAGUGAGAAUAAAAUAGGAAACACAGGAGUGAAGCGCUUAUGUGACAUACUGAAGGAUUCACACUGUAAACUGGAGAGAUUGAGUUUAAGCUACUGUGAUAUGACAGAAGAAGGUUGUUCUGCUCUGACUUCAGCUCUGAAAUCAAACCCAUCACACCUGAGAGAGCUGGACCUCAGUGUGAAUCAAAUAAAAAACACAGGAGUGAAGCAUUUAUGUGACGUACUGAAGGAUUCACACUGUAAACUGGAGAGAUUGAGGUUAAGCUGCUGUGAUAUGACAGAUAAAGGUUGUUCUGCUCUGACUUCAGCUCUGAAAUCAAACCCGUCACACCUGAGAGAGCUGAACCUGAGAUGGAAUAAACUAGGAGACUCUGGAGUGAAAAACCUCAGUGAUCUACUGAUGAACCCACAAUGCAAGCUGGAGAAACUAGAUCUGAAUAGAUGCAGUAUUACAGAGAAACAGUGUCUCAUCCUGACUUCAGCUCUGAAAUCAAACCCAUCACACCUGAGAGAGCUGGACCUGAGCAGGAAUGAACUAGGAGACUCUGGAGUGAAAAACCUCAGUGAUCUACUGAUGAACCCACAACUCAAGCUGGAGAAACUCGAUCUGAGUGAAUGCAGUAUUAAAGAGAAACAGUGUCUCAUCCUGACUUCAGCUCUGAAAUCAAACCCAUCACACCUGAGAGAGCUGGACCUCAGUGUGAAUGAACUAAAAAACGCAGGAGUGAAGCACUUAUGUGACGGACUGAAGGAUUCACACUGUAAACUGGAGAGAUUGAGGUUAAGAUAUUGUGAUUUGACAAAUGAAGGUUGUUCUGCUCUUACUUCAACUCUGAAAUCAAACCCAUCACACCUGAGAGAGCUGAACCUGAGCAGGAAUGAUCUAGGAGACUCUGGAGUGAAAAACCUCAGUGAUCUACUGAUGAACCCACAAUGCAAGCUGGAGAAACUACAUCUGAAUAGAUGCAGUAUUACAGAGAAACAGUGUCUCAUCCUGACUUCAGCUCUGAAAUCCAACCCGUCACACCUGGGAGAGCUGAACCUCAGUGUGAAUAAAAUAAAAAACACAGGAGUGAAGCACUUAUGUGACGUACUGAAGGAUUCACACUGUAAACUGGAGAGAUUGAGUUUAAGCUACUGUGAUAUGACAGACGAAGGUUGUUCUGAUGUGACUUCAGCUCUGAAAUCAAACCUGUCGCACCUGAGAGAGCUGAACCUGAGCUGGAAUAAACUAGGAGACUCUGGAGUGAAAAACCUCAGUGAUCUACUGAUGAACCCACAAUUCAAGCUGGAGAAACUACAUCUGAAUAGAUGCAGUAUUACAGAGGAACAGUGUGUCAUCCUGACUUCAGCUCUGAAAUCAAACCCGUCACACCUGAGAGAGCUGAACCUGAGCUGGAAUAUAAUAAAAAACACAGGAGUGAAGCACUUAUGUGACGUACUGAAGAAUUCACACUGUAAACUGGAGAGAUUGAGGUUAAGCUGCUGUUAUAUGACAGAUGAAGGUUGUUCUGCUCUGACUUCAGCUCUGAAAUCAAACCCAUCACACCUGAGAGAGCUGAACCUGAGCAGGAAUGAACUAGGAGACUCUGGAGUGAAAAACCUCAGUGAUCUACUGAUGAACCCACAAUUCAAGCUGGAGAAACUAGAUCUGAAUAGAUGCAGUAUUACAGAGAAACAGAGUCUCAUCCUGACUUCAGCUCUGAAAUCAAACCCAUCACACCUGAGAGAGCUGGACCUGAGCUGGAAUGAUCUAGGAGACUCAGGAGUGAAAAACCUCAGUGAUCUACUGAAGAACCCACAAUUCAAGCUGGAGAAACUACAACUCUCUAACUGCAGUGUAACAGAAGAAGGUUAUAAAGCUCUGGCUUCAGCUCUGAGAUCAAACCCUUCACACCUGAUAGAGCUGGAUCUCACAGGAAAUGAUCCUGGACAAUCAGGAGUGAAGGAGCUCGAUGAUUUACUACAGGAUCCAAACUGUCAACUGAAGACACUGAGGUUUUUGAGUCCUGCUGCAGAUGAAGCCUGUCAGUAUGUGAGUGGAAUUGUGGGUAAAAACCCGUUACUCCUGAGAGAGCUGAAUCUGAGUGAACAUAAACUAGGAGACACAGGAGUGAAUCAGAUCUCUGCUCUACUGCAGGAUAAACACUGUCGACUCAACACACUGACGUUAAGUGACUGUUGUAUGACAGAAGAAGGUUGUUCUGCUCUGACUUCAGCUCUGAAAUCAAACCCGUCACACCUGAGAGAGCUGAACCUGAGCUGGAAUGAACUAGGAGACUCUGGAGUGAAAAACCUCAGUGAUCUACUGAUGAACCCACAAUUCAAGCUGGAGAAACUAGAUCUGAGUGUUUGCAGUAUUACAGAGGAACAGUGUCUCAUCCUGACUUCAGCUCUGAAAUCAAACCCAUCACACCUGAGAGAGCUGGACCUGAGCAGGAAUAUAAUAGAAAACACAGGAGUGAAGCACUUAUGUGACGUACUGAAGGAUUCACACUGUAAACUGGAGAGAUUGAGGUUAAGAUACUGUGAUAUGACAGAAGAAGGUUGUUCUGCUCUGACUUCAGCUCUGAAAUCAAACCCAUCACACCUGAGAGAGCUGGACCUGAGCUGGAAUAAACUAGGAGACUCUGGAGUGAAAAACCUCAGUGAUGUACUGAUGAACCCACAAUUCAAGCUGGAGAAACUAGAACUCUCUAACUGCAGUGUAACAGAAGAAGGUUAUAAAGCUCUGGCUUCAGCUCUGAGAUCAAACCCUUCACACCUGAUAGAGCUGGAUCUCACAGGAAAUGAUCCUGGACAAUCAGGAGGGAAGGAGCUCGAUGAUUUACUACAGGAUCCAAACUGUCAACUGAAGACACUGAGGUUUUUGAGUCCUGCUGCAGAAGAAGCCUGUCAGUAUGUGAGUGGAAUUGUGGGUAAAAACCCGUUACUCCUGAGAGAGCUGAAUCUGAGUGAACGUAAACUAGAAGACACACGAGUGAAUCAGAUCUCUGCUCUACUGCAGGAUAAACACUGUCGACUCAACACACUGCCUCUGAGUGAAUGCAGUAUUACAGAGAAACAGUGUUUCAUCCUGACUUCAGCUCUGAAAUCAAACCCGUCACACCUGAGAGAGCUGAACCUGAGCUGGAAUAUAAUAGGAAACACAGGAGUGAAGCACUUAUGUGACGUACUGAAGGAUUCACACUGUAAACUGGAGAGAUUGAGGUUAAGUGACUGUUGUAUGACAGAAGAAGGUUGUUCUGCUCUGACUUCAGCUCUGAAAUCAAACCCAUCACACCUGAGAGAGCUGAACCUGAGCUGGAAUGAACUAGGAGACUCUGGAGUGAAAAACCUCAGUGAUCUACUGAUGAACCCACAAUUCAAGCUGGAGAAACUAGAUCUGAGUGGAUGCAGUAUUACAGAGGAACAGUGUGUCAUCCUGACUUCAGCUCUGAAAUCAAACCCGUCACACCUGAGAGAGCUGAACCUGAGCAGGAAUAUAAUAAAAAACACAGGAGUGAAGCACUUAUGUGACGUACUGAAGGAUUCACACUGUAAACUGGAGAGAUUGAGGUUAAGUGACUGUUGUAUGACAGAAGAAGGUUGUUCUGCUCUGACUUCAGCUCUGAAAUCAAACCCAUCACACCUGAGAGAGCUGAACCUGAGCUGGAAUGAACUAGGAGACUCUGGAGUGAAAAACCUCAGUGAUCUACUGAUGAACCCACAAUUCAAGCUGGAGAAACUAGAUCUGAGUGUUUGCAGUAUUACAGAGAAACAGUGUCUCAUCCUGACUUCAGCUCUAAAAUCAAACCCGUCACACCUGAGAGAGCUGAACCUGAGUGUGAAUAAAAUAAAAAACACAGGAGUGAAGCACUUAUGUGACGUACUGAAGGAUUCACACUGUAAACUGGAGAGAUUGAGGUUAAGCUCCUGUUAUAUGACAGAUGAAGGUUGUUCUGCUCUGACUUCAGCUCUGAAAUCAAACCCAUCACACCUGAGAGAGCUGAACCUGAGCAGGAAUGAACUAGGAGACUCUGGAGUGAAAAACCUCAGUGAUCUACUGAUGAACCCACAAUUCAAGCUGGAGAAACUACAUCUGUUUAGAUGCAGUAUUACAGAGAAACAGUGUCUCAUCCUGACUUCAGCUCUGAAAUCAAACCCGUCACACCUGAGAGAGCUGGACCUCAGUGUGAAUGAACUAGAAAACACAGGAGUGAAGCACUUAUGUGACAUACUGAAGGAUUCACACUGUAAACUGGAGAGAUUGAAGUUAAAAUACUGUUAUAUGACAGAUGAAGGUUGUUCUGCUCUGACUUCAGCUCUGAAAUCAAACCCAUCACACCUGAGAGAGCUGAACCUGAGCUGGAAUGAUCUAGGAGACUCUGGAGUGAAAAACCUCAGUGAUCUACUGAUGAACCCACAAUUCAAGCUGGAGAAACUAGUCCUGUAUAGAUGCAGUAUUACAGAGAAACAGUGUCUCAUCUUGACUUCAGCUCUGAAAUCAAACCCGUCACACCUGAGAGAGCUGAACCUGAACUGGAAUAUAAUAGAAAACACAGGAGUGAAGCACUUAUGUGACGUACUGAAGAAUUCACACUGUAAACUGGAGAGAUUGAGGUUAAGUGACUGUGAUAUGAGAGAUAAAGGUUGUUCUGCUCUGACUUCAGCUCUGAAAUCAAACCCAUCACACCUGAGAGAGCUGAACCUGAGCAGGAAUAAACUAGGAGACUCAGGAGUGAAAAACCUCAGUGAUCUACUGAAGAACCCACAAUUCAAGCUGGAGAAACUAGAUCUGAAUCAAUGCAGUAUUACAGAGAAACAGAGUCUCAUCCUGACUUCAGCUCUGAAAUCAAACCCAUCACACCUGAGAGAGCUGGACCUGAGCAGGAAUAUAAUAAAAAACACAGGAGUGAAGCACUUAUGUGACGUACUGAAGGAUUCACACUGUAAACUGGAGAGAUUGAGGUUAAGCUGCUGUUAUAUGACAGAUGAAGGUUGUUCUGCUCUGACUUCAGCUCUGAAAUCAAACCCAUCACACCUGAGAGAGCUGAACCUGAGCAGGAAUAAACUAGGAGACUCUGGAGUGAAAAACCUCAGUGAUCUACUGAUGAACCCACAAUUCAAGCUGGAGAAACUAGAUCUGAGUUACUGCAGUAUUACAGAGAAACAGUGUGUCAUCCUGACUUCAGCUCUGAAAUCAAACCCAUCACACCUGAGAGAGCUGAACCUGAGCUGGAAUAAACUAGGAGACUCAGGAGUGAAAAACCUCAGUGAUCUACUGAUGAACCCACAAUUCAAGCUGGAGAAACUAGAUCUGAGUGGAUGCAGUAUUACAGUGAAACAGUGUCUCAUCCUGACUUCAGCUCUGAAAUCAAACCCGUCACACCUGAGAGAGCUGGACCUGAGCGGGAAUAUAAUAGGAAACACAGGAGUGAAGCACUUAUGUGACGUACUGAAGGAUUCACACUGUAAACUGGAGAGAUUGAGGUUAAGUGACUGUUAUAUGACAGAUGAAGGUUGUUCUGCUCAGACUUCAGCUCUGAAAUCAAACCCGUCACACCUGAGAGAGCUGAACCUGAGCUGGAAUAAACUAGGAGCCUCUGGAGUGAAAAACCUUAGUGAUCUACUGAUGAACCCACAAUUCAAGCUGGAGAAACUAGAUCUGAAUAGAUGCAGAAUUACAGAGAAACAGUGUGUCAUCCUGACUUCAGCUCUGAAAUCAAACCCGUCACACCUGAGAGAGCUGAACCUGAGCGGGAAUAUAAUAGGAAACACAGGAGUGAAGCACUUAUGUGACGUACUGAAGGAUUCACACUGUAAACUGGAGACAUUGAGACUCUCUUACUGCAGUGUAACAGAAGAAGGUUAUAAAGCUCUGGCUUCAGCUCUGAGAUCAAACCCUUCACACCUGAUAGAGCUGGAUCUCACAGGAAAUGAUCCUGGACAAUCAGGAGUGAAGGAGCUCGAUGAUUUACUACAGGAUCCAAACUGUCAACUGAAGACACUGAGGUUUUUGAGUCCUGCUGCAGAUGAAGCCUGUCAGUAUGUGAACAGAGUUGUGGGUAAAAACCUGUUACUCCUGAGAGAGCUGAAUCUGAGUGAACAUGAACUAGGAGACUCAGGAGUGAAUCAGAUCUCUGCUCUACUGCAGGAUAAACACUGUCGACUCAACACACUGACUUUAAGCUGCUGUGAUAUAACAGAAGAAGGUUGUUCUGCUCUGACUUCAGCUCUGAAAUCAAACCCAUCACACCUGAGAGAGCUGAACCUGAGCAGGAAUAAACUAGGAGACUCUGGAGUGAAAAACCUCAGUGAUCUACUGAUGAACCCACAAUUCAAGCUGGAGAAACUAGAUCUGAGUGGAUGCAGUAUUACAGAGAAACAGUGUGUCAUCCUGACUUCAGCUCUGAAAUCAAACCCGUCACACCUGAGAGAGCUGAACCUGAGCGGGAAUAUAAUAGAAAACACAGGAGUGAAGCACUUAUGUGACGUACUGAAGGAUUCACACUGUAAACUGGAGAGAUUGAGGUUAAGCUCCUGUUAUUUGACAGAUGAAGGUUGUUCUGCUCUGACUUCAGCUCUGAAAUCAAACCCGUCACACCUGAGAGAGCUGGACCUGAGAGGGAAUGAACUAGGAGACUCUGGAGUGAAAAACCUCAGUGAUCUACUGAUGAACCCACAAUUCAAGCUGGAGAAACUACAUCUGAGUUACUGCAGUAUUACAGAGAAACAGUGUGUCACCCUGACUUCAGCUCUGAAAUCAAACCCGUCACACCUGAGAGAGCUGAACCUGAGCAGGAAUAAACUAGGAGACUCUGGAGUGAAAAACCUCAGUGAUCUACUGAUGAACCCACAAUUCAAGCUGGAGAAACUAGAUCUGAGUUACUGCAGAAUUACAGAGAAACCGUGUGUCAUCCUGACUUCAGCUCUGAAAUCAAACCCGUCACACCUGAGAGAGCUGGACCUGAGCGGGAAUAUAAUAAAAAACACAGGAGUGAAGCACUUAUGUGACGUACUGAAGGAUUCACACUGUAAACUGGAGAGAUUGAGGUUAAGAUACUGUGAUAUGACAGAUGAAGGUUGUUCUGCUCUGACUUCAGCUCUGAAAUCAAACCCAUCACACCUGAGAGAGCUGAACCUGAGCAGGAAUAAACUAGGAGACUCUGGAGUGAAAAACCUCAGUGAUCUACUGAUGAACCCACAAUUCAAGCUGGAGAAACUACAACUCUCUAACUGCAGUGUAACAGAAGAAGGUUAUAAAGCUCUGGCUUCAGCUCUGAGAUCAAACCCUUCACACCUGAUAGAGCUGGAUCUCACAGGAAAUGAUCCUGGACAAUCAGGAGUGAAGGAGCUCGAUGAUUUACUACAGGAUCCAAACUGUCAACUGAAGACACUGAGGUUUUUGAGUCCUGCUGCAGAUGAAGCCUGUCAGUAUGUGAGUGGAAUUGUGGGUAAAAACCCGUUACUCCUGAGAGAGCUGAAUCUGAGUGGACAUGAACUAGGAGACUCAGGAGUGAAUCAGAUCUCUGCUCUACUGCAGGAUAAACACUGUCGACUCAACACACUGACUUUAAGCUGCUGUUAUAUGACAGAUGAAGGUUGUUCUGCUCUGACUUCAGCUCUGAAAUCAAACCCGUCACACCUGAGAGAGCUGGACCUGAGCAGGAAUAAUCUAGGAGACUCUGGAGUGAAAAACCUCAGUGAUCUACUGAUGAACCCACAAUUCAAGCUGGAGAAACUAGAUCUGAGUGAAUGCAGUAUUACAGAGAAACAGUGUGUCAUCCUGACUUCAGCUCUGAAAUCAAACCCAUCACACCUGAGAGAGCUGAACCUGAGCGGGAAUAAACUAGGAGACUCUGGAGUGAAGCACUUAUGUGACGCACUGAAGGAUUCGCACUGUAAACUGGAGAGAUUGAGUUUAAGCUGCUGUUAUAUGACAGAUGAAGGUUGUUCUGCUCUGACUUCAGCUCUGAAAUCAAACCCAUCACACCUGAGAGAGCUGAACCUGAGCUGGAAUGAACUAGGAGACUCUGGAGUGAAAAACCUCAGUGAUCUACUGAUGAACCCACAAUUCAAGCUGGAGAAACUAGAUCUGAGUUACUGCAGUAUUACAGAGAAACAGUGUGUCAUCCUGACUUCAGCUCUGAAAUCAAACCCGUCACACCUGAGAGAGCUGGACCUGAGUGUGAAUAAAAUAAAAAACACAGGAGUGAAGCACUUAUGUGACGUACUGAAGGAUUCACACUGUAAACUGGAGAGAUUGAGGUUAAGUGACUGUGAUAUGACAGAUGAAGGUUGUUCUGCUCUGACUUCAGCUCUGAAAUUAAACCCAUCACACCUGAGAGAGCUGGACCUGAGCAAGAAUGAACUAGGAGACUCAGGAGUGAAAAACCUCAGUGAUCUACUGAAGAACCCACAAUUCAAGCUGGAGAAACUACAUCUGAGUGGAUACAGUAUUGCAGAGAAACAGUGUCUCAUCCUGACUUCAGCUCUGAAAUCAAACUCAUCACACCUGAGAGAGCUGAACCUGAGCUGGAAUAAAAUAAAAAACACAGGAGUGAAGCACUUAUGUGACGUACUGAAGGAUUCACACUGUAAACUGGAGAGAUUGAGUCUACAGCACUGUGGUAUUUCAGAUGUUUCUUCUUUAACUCAGUCUUUGACUAAAUCAAAAGCACUGCAGUUUUUAAAAGAUCUUGAUCUGAGUAACAAUAAGAUAGGAGACUCAAAGCAGCGGCUCAGUGACGUGCUACGAGACUCAAACUGUGACCUGAGAGUAGAUGAAGAUUAAUCACCAAACAUCCCUGAUGGAUCAUUUACAUCAGUUUAAAUCUGUGAAAUGAUCAUGAGAGGAUCAGUGACCAUCAGAUGAUCCACAGAAGAGUCUCUACUGCGUCUAUGAGGAGAAAUAAACGUGUGAUUAAUGUGUAAAUGUGUAAAAGCAGCAUGUGUGUUAGAAACAUGUGAUAUUGAAUGAUUAAACUCAUCCAUAAUGAUUAAAAUGUUUCUAAUCAUAAAUAUGAUUUAGUACAUAAAUGUAUCAUAUGAUAUAAAGUAAGUCUACAAUGUGAAAUUCGCAUGUUAAAAAAAAAGUUUUCAAACCUUUUUAUGCACAGAAUAUGUUUAUUUUUGCUAUUCUGUUUUAUUUUAUAAUAUUUUAUCUCUGUCUGUUGUUAAAGCACAGAUCUACAGUAUAUUGUGUUUGUUCUGUGGAUGGAGUCUCUUCUCCUCUACAGACCAACUAAACAUUUUUACCAGUUAACAGCAUUUUGUACCUUCACUUG